GACAGUCUGAAGGUCUUUCUGAUCGAACCAAUCAGAGAAUAUGGAUGGUGGAAAUACAGAUGUCCAGGAAGAGCUGGACUCUGUUGAGGACGAGCUAAAGUUGUUGGCGUUGCAGAUCACAGAGCUCCUGCAGAAGCAGACUGAGCUGACGUAUCGGUAAAAUGCACUACUACAGCAGCUGGAAGAGGCCUCUUUACCCAUGUUUUCAUCAAAGUCAUCUGGAGUCGAUCUAGUAAUGACUAAGUAAGUAAGAAAUGCAACGCUAUGAAGGCGCAGAUUUUCCAUGGUCCAGAGAAGUUGAGCAGCACUUACAGGACUUGUUCCAUCUCUCCAAGUUCAGACCACUACAGCUGGGAGUUAUCAACCUGACUUUGAGCGUCAGGGAUCAGUUCUUGGUGAUGCCUACUGGAAGGGGAAAAUGUCUCUGCUACCAGUUCAAGGCAGUCUACUCCAAGGGGUUUACACUAGUUGUCACUCCCCUGGUGUCCCUGAUGGAGGAUCAGAUCAUGUAUCUGAAGUCCACAGUCAUGCUGAAUGCAUCCAGUAGCAAGGACCAUGCUAAGACAGUCAUGGCUGGAAUGACUGAUCCAAAUGCCCCUUUCAUGAUAGUGUACGUAACCCCAGAGAGGAUUGCUAAGAGCAAGCUGCUGUUGUCUCGUCUGCAGAAAGCCUACAAUGAAAACCUGCUCAGUCGCAUCACUGUGGAUGAGGUGCCCUACUGCAGCCAGUUGAGUCAUGACUUCAGGCCAAAUUAUAAGCUUCUCGGCAUCCUGCAGAGGCAGUUCCCUAAAGUCCCCCUGCUUGGUCUCAGCAGCGUCCUCAAGGACUGUGAGAAGAUCCUAUGUGUUCCAAAGCCAGCCACACUAACUGCCUCCUUCAAUCGAACUAAUCUGUACAACGAGGUUCAUAUUAAAGAUUCUGACAAUGACUCAUCGAUAAGUGGCAUUACUUCUCUGAUCAAGAGCAGAUACAAGGACCAGUCGGGGAUCGUGUAUGUGUUCUCUCAGAGGGAUGCAGAAGAGACACAUCCUGUCAUAACC